AUGUCUAAGUGGGUUGAGGCAGAGGCAUAUCCGACAAAUGAUACUAAGGUUGUGAUAAGGUUUUUGCAGAAACAUGUGUUCACAAGGUUUGGAACCCCAAGAGCCGUCAUCAGUGAUGAAGGGUCUCAUUUUGUAAACAAGUGGAUGAAAUGGUUAUUAGAUAAAAAUGGAGUAAAACACAAGGUCGCUACAGCUUACGAUCUGCAGACCAAUGGGCAGGCUGAAUUGGCAAACAAGGAGACCAAAGGCAUACCUGAGAAGGUUGGUCUUUGGGAAAGUCUGUCAUCUGUCUUUGGAGUUAGAGCACAAAAGUUACUGGGCUCUUCGACAACUCAACUUGGAUCUUAA